UAGUCGGCAAAAUGGCGCCUGUCACGGAGGAUCUAACCAAUUUGCAGGAAAAGAUUUUUGAGAAAAUCAACAACAAUGCGGUGUCAGAACUUAAAAUUUUGUUAGCUGCGAGUAAAGUGAAAAUGGAUUUCGUGGAUGAAAAUGGUGUGAGUCCACUUCAACAUGCCUGUUACAAAGGAAACAAGGAAAUAGUACAGAUGCUUCUCGAUCAGGGUGCAGAUGUAAAUGCUUGCCAACAUGAGCAUGAAUAUACAGCCCUUCAUUUUGCAGCUUUAAGUGGAAAUGCUGAACUAUGUCAUUUAUUAAUGUCUUACGGAGCAAGACUAACAGCUACGAACAGUGUAGGACGGACUCCAGCUCAGAUGGCUGCUUUUGUGGGCAAUCACAAUUGUGUAGCAACUAUUAAUAAUUUUAUUCCAAAGGCUGACAUAGAUUACUACAUUAAACCACAAGGAUUACAGACUGAAUCAAUGCUUCCGCCUCACCUGGCAGAUUCUUUUCAUAAAUUUAUUAUGGAGGUCAAUGUACAUCCUGUUAGAGUAGUUAUGAAUCUCCAAACAUGCCCGGGCCUGUUAGAAAAUGCUGCCAAGGUACAAAAGGUAUUAGAGUCUAUGCGUCAUAAGGUAAUGACUAGAGGAGCAGAAACUAAUGAAGUAAUGGCUUUUAAAUAUCAUUAUCUAAGUUGUGUUGUGGCUGAAGUAAUCAAAUUCCAAAAGAGGCAAGGUGCAAUGAAAGGAGAAAGAAUUGAGAAAAUAAGUGACGAUGGAGAAGAAAAAAAGUUAGAUACUAUAGAGGGUUUAAUAAAGAAAUUCUUAAAGUGUAGCAAAAGUGAUGGUACACCAGAAUAUCAAGAAGCUUUCUUACGAGAUACUGUAAGAGAGUUUCCAUAUAGAGAAAGUACCAUUUUUCGUCAAAUGGUAGCGACUCUUGCCGCUCCUGAUCCACCAUCCGCUGUAUCAGUAGUAUCUGCAGCAAUUAAUGGACAGAGAGCGUUUUUUGACAACGCACAAGUUUGCGUUACAUGCGGUGAGGAUAAGGCUAGUAAAAAAUGCAGCAAAUGUAAAACAGUAAAAUAUUGCGACAGAGAAUGUCAAAGAUUGCAUUGGUUCAUGCACAAGAAAGCAUGCACAAGAUUAGGUCAAUCCUCGGUACUGAGUGCAAAAAUAAGCGAUGCAGACAAAGAACAAAUAAGCAGCGCUGUUAGCUCCAGGUUACAGAAGCUAAAUGUUAAUUAAGAAUAAGAUAUAUGAAAGUUAAUUCUGAAUUAUAUGUUUUGAUGUGCUGUAUGUAUGUGUUUCAUUGUUAAUUAUUUUAAUUAAGGUAGAAAAAUUAGAGAAAGUGUCACUUACCAUAUUUUUAGGAAACAUUUCUAACUUUUUAUUUUCCAGAGAGUAACGAGACUUUUUAUACAUUACACUAGAGUUUUACACUUCUUUUUCCUGUGAAUUUUUUUUAUAAAUAUUGUAUAAUAGAUGCUUUUGUUACGUCCCAACACUCGAUUAAAAUAUUAUUUUCUCAGGAUUGUACUUUUGUGGUUGCUGAUGACAUGAAAAUAAAACACGUGUACGAAUGUUUCCAUGAUUUGAAUUUACGUUAAGUUUAAAAUCUUCAAAUUCCUUGACCACAUUCUCGAUACAAACUUUGUAUGAAUAGAAAUACAAAAUUUUAUUGUAAUAUAGCUUUAUUUACAAAACCUUGUAUAGUUUGUGGUUUUACAAAUAUUAUAUAUAUACAAGCAA